AGAGGAGUCAGGCUGCUCAAUCGAGCAAUGAGUAAUCGCUCAUGCGCUAUUCCCUCGGCCCAGAAGGAGAAAAAAGCAAACUCCGGUUCGAGUGCGGCGGUCAGAAAAAAAAGCAAAACUCCGGUUCGCGUGCGGUGGUGAGAGCAGGGCAGAAUUCGAGCGCGCGCGUGUGUGUGUGUGUGUGUGUGUCCUGCGGCAGCCGCUACGAACAGCAGAGAAAUGCAAGUUUUAGCCGCUUGCUAGCCGACGCAGCUAAUGGCUAAUGUGUUGCUAAUGGCUAACCGCUCGGAUUCGUAACAGCACAUUCGUUGAUGUGCAUUUAAAGAUAUCAGCCUAUCAGAGACAUGAUUCUCAACCCUCAUCCUUCUCAGUCGGAGGACAAGUGGCGCUGAGGAACACGUGUAGUUUGUGAAGAUUGACACCUGACACCGUGAGGCUACCUGUGCGGUGUGUGUGUGUGUGUGUGUGUGUGUUGCAUCGCUCCGCUUUGCUAGCCACGUAAACUGCUCCUGCCCGCCCGGUGUUGACGUAGCAGGAGCAGCUAGCUCAGCCUGUCGCCGUGUAGCAGGUGAGCUAGCUGCGUCAGGACACUGCCGGGCUUGUCUCGAUCGACACGAACUCCGCCGGGGACAUGAGCUAUUGUGACUCAAGAUGCUGUAGCUGGACUUGAGAGUGUGAGAGUGUGUGUGUGUGUGUGUGUGUGUGUGUGUGGUUCCGUGUUGGUGUCCUGGAUGAUGAAGCGAGUCAUCUGGCUGAUAUCAGGAUUAAACAGAAGGAUGAUGAAGCUGCUUUUCGCCCUCGCUUUGAUCGCCUAUAUCGCCUCUGUCUGGGGAACGUACACGAACAUGAGAUCAAUACAAGAACAUGGAGAAAUGGAGAUUGAGCAGAAAAUUGAUGAUGCUGUGGCUCCUCUCAGAGAGAAGAUUCGUGAUCUUGAACAAAGUUUUUCUCAGAAAUACCCUCCUGUCAAAUUCCUGUCAGAGAAGGAUCGGAAGAGAAUAUUGAUCACUGGAGGUGCUGGUUUUGUGGGUUCCCACCUGACUGACAAACUAAUGAUGGAUGGCCAUGAGGUAACUGUGGUGGACAACUUCUUCACAGGGAGGAAAAGAAAUGUUGAGCACUGGCUUGGCCACGAAAACUUUGAGCUCAUCAAUCAUGAUGUAGUGGAGCCUCUCUAUAUCGAAGUUGACCAAAUCUAUCACCUGGCAUCUCCAGCCUCUCCUCCCAACUACAUGUAUAAUCCUAUCAAAACGCUCAAGACCAACACCAUUGGCACACUGAACAUGCUUGGUCUUGCCAAACGUGUGGGUGCCAGACUUCUCCUGGCUUCUACUUCUGAGGUUUAUGGAGAUCCAGAGGUACAUCCACAAAAUGAGGAGUACUGGGGGCAUGUGAACCCCAUCGGUCCUCGAGCGUGCUACGACGAGGGGAAACGUGUUGCAGAGACGAUGUGUUACGCCUACAUGAAACAGGAAGGAGUCGAGGUGAGAGUUGCAAGAAUCUUCAAUACGUUCGGCUCCCGCAUGCACAUGAACGACGGACGUGUUGUCAGCAACUUCAUCCUGCAGGCUCUACAGGGAGAACCUCUCACUGUUUAUGGUACCGGUUCCCAAACACGAGCCUUUCAGUAUGUGAGUGAUCUGGUGAAUGGCUUGGUUCUGUUGAUGAACAGCAACAUCAGCAGUCCCGUCAAUCUGGGAAACCCAGAGGAACACACCAUAUUGGAGUUUGCUCGUCUCAUCAAAAGUCUCGUGGUGAGCCGAAGUCAGAUCCAGUUCCUUCCAGAGGCCCAGGACGACCCACAGAGGCGACGACCCGACAUCCGAAAAGCCAAGAUGAUGCUCGGCUGGGAGCCGGUGGUGCCGCUGGAGGAAGGCUUGAACAAGACUAUCCAUUACUUCAGCAGAGAACUCGAGCACCAGGCCAACAACCAGUACAUCCCCAAACCUAAAGCUGCCCGCAUGAAGAAGGGAAGGCCCAGACACAACUGAGGUGGGGGUGGUCUCCCUCCACAGACUCAGAGGGAUGUUCAGACUCCUCGGACGGACCUUUUGACGAGCGUCUCCUCUUGAACACACAGAGCGGAGCAGCGACGUCUUGUUGAGUCUCUUACAGACGAUAGUGUUGCCUUGUGUUGGAGCUUCAGCUGCACUGGGGUGCGAGGGGUUUCCGCUACCAGAGUUUGCGUGUUGGAUGGACAAGCCAGAACCCCCCCCCAAAAAAAAUAUCUGAAACUCAGCCCACAUUGUUUUGUGAAUUUGUUCUUUUGCUAUUUAAACUGCAGACAUGAGAAUCUUGCAGUGCUUUGUGUUGAAUCACGGCGUUUUGCCUCCGGAGUUGACUUUAUUUUCUCCACUGGAUGUUUUUGUCGUCAUCUCAGCAGCGCGUGACUGUUCAAAACAGACUGUUGACAGCACCAUUAUGUGAUUAUCAGGACUCCAUUGUGUUCUACUUUGUGAAAUCUCAUUUUCAGGAUGUGCAUUAUCAAUUUUCAGGUGAAGAUGCUAUUUUAAUAAAAUAUUUUAAAUA